UCAGGAGGAACAGUUGGCAGUGUGCUGUGGGCCGUCGGGCUGGAGGGAGAGUUCCGCGCCGCGCACCUACAAUACUUACGAUUUCCCGUUCAUCCUUAAGUGUACAGUGACCCCCACCCACUCUAGCUCCCAGUGAGACGUCCCUCCGCCCCUAGACAUGCUCCCGCUAACAGGCACGGGCGGAGUAACGUGAGAAAAGUAAAAGAAAAGCAGAGAAUAACGUGUGGCAAGUCUAGCGGGGCGUGUGGUAGUGGUGGUGUGACGGCGGCGGCGGCGGCGGCGGCAGCAGCUCCAGCCUAAAUAACUUCUCCCCGAGGCUCUUCUAAGGCCCUCCAACACCUCCCGCUCCUUCUCCGAGGAAUUCCGAGUGUGUGGAGUGCGUGGGAGGUAGUGGGGAGGGCGGCAGAGCGGCGUGGAGUGAGAUAGUGGUGGAGUGAGAGAGCAGGUGUGGUGGUGGUCGUGGUGGCGUUGGAGAGAGAACGAGACAGAGACAAGGGAGUGCGUCACCCCUCCUCACCCUCCUACUUCCCCCUUCACACCCUCUUCAAGAGCUUUACCUCCACAUCUCUCCUCUCCUCGCGUGUUAUUUGGAUCACAUUGUCUCAUAAACUGGAGGAUGGUGGGAGCAUGAGCGUGGCGAGCGUGGCGGCGGCCCCCGGGGGUCCUGGGGGCCGAGGAGCAGCGUGGGUGCGGUGGCGCGCGCCCCACCUGCUGGUGCUGCUGGUGCUGGCGGGUACCUCGUCGGGGGCGGCCACGGGGGCGGGGGCGGGGGCGGGGGCGCUGGCCAGGGAUUCUCUCUUCAUCGUGGAAACGUUUGAAGAUAAACCGUCGCAACAGUUCACGCACCUGACGGUGGACAAGAACACGGGCACGGUGUACGUGGGCGGCGUGAAUCGCCUAUACCAGCUGGACCCCAACCUGCGGCAGCUGCAGGCUGUCGUCACCGGGCCCGUCAACGACUCCCUGGAGUGCUCGGCUUCCGCCAGCGACUGUAAGGGCGAGACUGCGGGCACCAUGAAAGCCACCGACAAUGUAAAUAAGGUGCUCGUCAUCGACUACACCAGGUCGCGGCUCAUCGUGUGCGGCACGGUGCGUCAGGGGUCGUGUCAGGUGCGUGGCCUGCGGGACAUCACCAUCCACACCCGCAACGUGUCAGAGGCCAUCGUGGCCAACAACGCCACCGCCUCCACGGUGGCCUUCAUCGCGCCCGGUCCGCCCAACCCGCCCGUCACCCACGUGCUGUACAUCGGCGUCACGUACACGGGCAAGUCCGUGUAUCGCGACGAGGUGCCGGCCGUGGCCUCGCGCUCCCUGGAGGACGACCGCUUCUUUGAAAUCGCGGUGACGGAGGUGACCACCAGCACCCGCAUGCUGGUCAACUCCCUGGCGCGCGAGCGCUACCCAAUCACCUACGUGUACGGCUUCGGCUCCGAGAAGUUCAGCUACUUCCUCACCCGCCAGCUGGAGGACACCUACACGGGCUUCCCCUACAUCAGCAAGCUGGUGCGGGUGUGCCAGAACGACUCGGCCUACUACAGCUACACCGAGAUCCCCAUCGAGUGCAAGGACUCACAGGGCAAGCGGUACAACCUGGCGCAGGCGGCCUACGUGGGCAAACCGGGCACGGACCUGGCCACCCAGCUGGGCAUCCAGACCAACGACGACGUGCUCUUUGCCGUGUUCUCGCCCUCAGACCCCUUAGAGGCAGAGGGGUCGGCGCGCCCCGCCGACGCCUCCGCCCUGUGUGUGUACAGCAUGAAGAGUGUGCGGCGGAUGUUCAUCAACAACAUCCAGGAGUGUUUCAGGGGCAAGGGCGACCGCGGCCUGGACUUCAUCUCACCCUCGCAUCGCUGCAUAGAGACGAGGAUCAAAGACUUGAAUGAAGAUUUCUGUGGAAUGGAUGUGAACACUCCACUUGGGGGAGAGCAGCCAGUGGAGGGCCUGGCCAUCCUCACCUUCCCCACAAGACUCACAGCCGUGGCUGCCACCUCCACCGAGGUCUACACUGUUGUCUUCCUUGGCACGGCCCAUGGACAUCUCAAGAAGGUGGUAAUUGAGAACCAGAACAAUGCCUUGGAGUAUGAUGAUAUCGUGGUGGACCAAGGCUCUGCUGUAAGGCAGGACAUGUUCUUUGACAAGGGUGGUGACCAUCUUUAUGUCAUGACCAGCAACAAGGUCUCUAAGGUGAAAGCUCAAGAGUGCAGCAUUUAUGAGGGGUGCAACCAGUGUUUAGGGGCUCGUGACCCGUACUGUGGAUGGUGCUCACUGGAGAACAAGUGCUCCUUGCGUAGGGAUUGUCGUGAUGCCACUCAGGAUCCUCAGCACUGGGUCAGCUACAAGACAGGCCGCUGCACCACCAUCACUCAGGUCAUGCCAGACAAGCUGCAACGCACAACAGCCAGGACGCUGUCUCUCAACAUCGACAACCUGCCAUCUGUAGAAGGCUCAUUGCAGUGUGUGUUUAGUGCCAUGAAUAAAGACCUGACUACUGAUGCCACACGGACGGCCCAGGGGGUCUCCUGCACCACCCCGAGGAAUGACAUGCUGCCAGACAUCCCUCAGAACCAACAUCACUUCACAGCCAAGCUAUCAGUGCGCAAAUCAGAGGGUCCCGAGUUUGUAUCAACCAACUUCACCUUCUUUGACUGCAACACAUACAGCUCAUGCACGGAGUGUGUGUCUUCACCUUUUCCCUGUGACUGGUGUGUAGAUGGCCAUCGCUGCACUCAUGACUCGGCUGAGAACUGUCGCAAUGAUGUCUUGGUCAAUGGCAUCAACCGUGUGGGUCCCAGCAUCAGGAGUGGACCUGCCUUUUGUCCCCGAAUCAAUUUUGUUGAGAGUCAAGAGAUCUUGGUGUCCUCAGGCACAGACAAGUCCAUCAAAGUCAAGGUGGACAACAUUGCGCAAUUCAUCACCCAGACACGAUUUGUGUGUCAGUUCAACAUUGAGGGUCGAGUCACCAGCGUCAGCGCCAACUUGCUGAGUGACACUAUCUACUGUGACCGCAUGGAGUUUGCCUAUACCACUGCUGCCCCCUCCACCAAUGCCACCUUUGCUGUUAUCUGGGGUGGCUCCAAGCCCCUUGACAACCCUCAGAACAUUCAUGUGUUGGUAUACCAGUGUCAUCUGAUGGCUGAUAACUGUGGCAUGUGCCUGAGCCUGCCAGAGAGGUACCGCUGUGGGUGGUGCCAGUCCACCAGUCGCUGUGAAGUGCAGGACAAGUGUGAUGGAGGUUCCUGGCUGGACCGUGAGCGGACCUGCCCCAUCAUAAAUGUGACAGACUUCUAUCCCAAGAGUGGACCGUGGGAUGGUGGCACCAAUGUCACUAUUGAGGGCAUCAACUUGGGGAAGAAGAUAGAGGACAUCUAUGAAGGCAUCACUGUGGCAGGGAUCACCUGCCAGCCGUACCGCGAGUCUUAUGUUAAGACGAAGAGGGUAACCUGCAUGGUGGACUCCCCGGGUGUGAAUGACUUCAAGGAGGGACCGAUUCUGGUGAAGGUGAAGGGAAUUGACCGUCACAUGUCACACGAUAGCAUCCAGCUGGUUGAAAAGGAGUACCGUGGAGAGAGUAUUGAGAAGUACAAGUUUGUGAACCCUGAGAUCACAGACAUUACACCCUCCUCUGGGCCGAGAUCAGGAGGCACAUUGCUCCACAUCAUUGGUCACCACAUGAAUGCCGGGAGUCGUAUUGAGGCCUUCAUCAGUGACCGUCCCUGCAAGAUACAGAGUGCUAACGCUACAGUAGCCACCUGCAUCACCUCGGAUGCCUCCACACUGACUGAAGGAAAGAUUGCCAUGAACUUUGACAAUGGGCACCGCCAGUUGGAAGGGAAGUUCUUCACCUAUGUAGAUGAUCCCAAGAUACAUUCUGUGAAGAGUGGACGAGCAGGUCAAGCUGGAAUGCGCAAUGGUCCUCGGGGCAUACCAUCAGGCGGCAUUGUCAUCACUGUGGAUGGCACCAACUUCAAUGUGAUCAAGGACCCAAAGAUGUAUGUUGUGUACAAAGGGAAGGAGUUCUCCAGUCCUUGUGAGGUGAAAAACUCAACUCGGAUGGAGUGUCGGUCACCUGCCAUCUCAGUCUCUGCUAGUGAACGUAUUGACCAUGAGAAUGGAAUGCUUCUGGACUACGGCUUCCUCAUGGACCACGUGAAGACUGUGCGCAACUUGAACAAAUUUCCAGACUUCCCUGCCUUCAGGGUGUUCCCAGACCCCCUGUACCAUCCAUUUGAGGACACCAACAGUGUAAAGCAGUACAAGUCAGAUUACCUGACCAUCAAUGGGAUAAACUUGGAUCGAGCUUCACAGGAAAUAGAUGUGGAAGUGUUGAUUGGUGCAGAGUCCUGCAACGUGACCUCCCUUUCCAGGUCACAGCUCACCUGUCGGCCCCCAAGAGAACAGCCAGAGCCACUGGAGGGUGAUGAUCUGCCCCAAGUAGUGGUCAAAGUGGGCAAUAAUCUCAUCUAUGAAAUUGGCUUCUUGGAGUAUGCAUCCAAUACCAAUGUGGGGACACUCUCCAAGCAGCUGAUCAUUGGGCUGUCUGUGGGAGCAGUCUUGCUCAUCUUGAUUCUAGUAGUGUGCCUCAUUGUGUACCGCCAAAAAAGCAACCAAAACUCCCGUGUCCUUAAGAGUAUGCAGGAACAGAUGGAUGUGUUGGAGCUCCGGGUGGCUGCUGAGUGCAAAGAAGCAUUUGCUGAGCUGCAGACAGAGAUGACUGACCUCACCAGUGACCUGAUUGGUGGUGGCAUACCCUUCCUUGAUUACCGCACAUAUGCUAUGAAGAUCCUGUUUCCAAACCUAGAAGAAACCACUGUACUGCAGAUGGAUCGUCCUGACUUAGCCCGCAAAGAGAAAGGCCUCAAACUAUUUGGCCAGCUCAUUAUGAACAAGACCUUCUUACUACUCUUCAUACGCACCCUUGAGUCCAACCGGUAUUUCUCCAUGAGAGACAGAGUGAAUGUGGCUGCACUCAUCAUGGUAGCAUUGCAGGGCAAGAUGGAGUAUUGUUCUGACAUUCUCAAAACUUUGCUGGCAGAGCUCAUAGAGAAAUGUAUUGAGGGCAAGAUCCAUCCCAAGCUCCUUUUCCGAAGGACUGAGAGUGUGGCAGAAAAGAUGUUGUCAUCCUGGUUCACAUUCCUGCUGUACAAGUUCCUGAAGGAAUGUGCUGGGGAGCCCCUUUACAUGCUGUUCCGGGCCAUUAAGCAGCAGGUUGACAAGGGCCCUGUGGAUGCUGUCACCUCAGAGGCACGGUACUCCCUGUCUGAGGAGAAGCUCAUCAGACAGAGCAUUGACUUCAAGGAGAUGACUGUGUAUGUGUCCAUGUGCAACUUCUAUGCGGGUGGAGUGGACGGACCCAUGGAGGGAGGAGAGACACCUGUCAAGGUGCUGGACUGUGACACAGUGUCCCAGGUGAAGGAGAAGUCCCUGGAUGCCAUCUAUCGCUCUUUUCCUUACUCCCAGCGGCCACGCCGGGAGGACCUUGACCUAGAGUGGCGUACAGGAACUUCAGGCCGCCUCAUCCUGUAUGAUGACGACUCCACAACAAGACCUGAUGGAGGCUGGAAGAAGCUCAAUACACUGGCUCACUAUAAUGUGCCAGACAUGGCCCAGCUAACUCUCAUACCCAGGCAGUCCUCCAUAUACAAUUAUAUGUCAAUCCUCUCUGACAAGUCUGAUAAAUCCCACAAAUAUGAGACGCUCAACAUGAACAAGUAUGCGUCUGGCAGCCCACCACUAUCUCGCGCUACCUCACCCCUUAACCAUGACAAUGAGGCCGGGGUCAAGGUAGGAGCAAAGGUGUGGCAUUUAGUGAGGCAACAAGAGUCAGAGCAGCGGGAGGGAGAACGCACCAACAAGAUGGUGUCAGAAAUCUACCUCACCCGCCUCCUAUCCACUAAGCUAACACUACAGAAGUUUGUCGAUGACCUAUUUGAGACUAUCUUUAGCACGGCUCAUCGUGGCUCAGCGUUGCCCUUAGCCAUCAAAUACAUGUUUGACUUCCUUGAUGACCAAGCUCUCCAGCAUGGCAUUACUGACCCAGAGGUGGUACACACAUGGAAAAGCAACAGCUUGCCUCUCCGCUUCUGGGUGAACCUCAUCAAGAAUCCAAACUUUGUAUUUGAUAUCCACAAGUCAAAUAUUGUGGAUGCUUGCCUUUCUGUGGUGGCCCAAACCUUCAUGGAUUCCUGCUCCACCUCAGACCACAGAUUAGGCAAGGACUCCCCGAGCUCCAAGCUGCUUUAUGCCAAGGACAUCCCCAUCUACAAGGAAUGGGUGGAACGUUACUACUCGGACAUCAAAAUCAUGCAACCCAUCUCAGAUCAGGACAUGAAUGCUAUGUUAGCAGAGGAGUCCAGGAUGCAUACCACUGAGUUCAACAGUCUGGCAGCCCUUGCUGAGCUGUAUAACUAUGCCUUCAAAUACAGUGAUCAGCUCAUCCUGACACUGGAGGAGGAUGAGUUCUCCACAAAGAGCCGCCUGGCCUACCGACUGGAGCAGGUCCACAGCAUCAUGACCACUGACCACGACUGACAGGACGCCCCCCCCCGCCCCUGGCCCCGGCCCUGACCAGGCUCAAACCCAGCAGUCCCAACAGCAACGGGGUCCCUCCUCUGGUACCGCAGCCCCUGGCUCCUAUUCACCUCCUGGCCCGUAUGGGGGUUCUCCACCACAUCAUGUGUACCCUGGGGGUGGCAAUUAUGGUGUGUCACCUCCCCAGUCUGCUGUGUACGAGGGGCAGCUGGAGACCGUGUUUACUUACCGUGGCCAAGAGGGUGGCCCAGGGGGCCCGGGGGGCCCAGGUGGUGUAGAUGGCAGUGUGUAUGGCCUGUAUGGGGUGCCCCAGCAUGCCAGACUCUCCCCAGGAGCCUAUGGUUCAGCCCAGUUUCCUGGCCGGGGUGCUCCUCAAGUGUAUGAGUUUGAAUAUGAGGAGCCCAGGUUCACCUGAGGCUCCGCCCCAUCAGGAGGAAGGUUUGUCUCUGCUCAAAAAGGGUGUGUGGGCGGUGUGUCGGGGCCAGCAGAAGAGGCCCACCCCACACCCCGUCCUGCCCUGGGGCCGGCAUAAAGUAGAGCCCCACAAUGAACCUAUUAGUGGUGCGCUGCAGUGAGCAUAGUGGUGCCAGGAGUGUGUCAAGUGGUGCCCUGGACAGAGUGUUGAGUGGUAACCUGUGCAAGCAUCAGUUGGUGCCCUGGAGGAAGCGUAGUAUUGCCCCAGUAUGAGCAUGCAGUGGUGCCCUGGAGGAAGCACUAGUGUUGUGCUCCACAGGAAGCUUAGUGGUGCCCUGGAGUGAGCAACGAAUAUGUGUCGCAGGAACAAGUUAGGGAUGAGUGGAACAGAAGCAGCAAGACAAUUUUUUUCUUCUCACACAAAUUAUGCACAACAGUACACCCCUCCCAACCCCUCCCUGCCACCUCAGUGCACCAAGACAGAGAGUCUCAUGGCAGUAUAGGAAUCAGGAAGCAAACAUUGAAUGGCAUUUUUUUCUAUACUUUUAUAUUUAACUCAUUAGACCUUGAGAAGAAUUAAUUAUUGAACUUGGUGCUUAUAUCCCCUUCUUCCUUAUGUUUGCGUGUAUGUAUGUGCGAUUGUUGUGCGUGAGUAUGCAUGUGUGUGUGAGCUUGCAUGCAUGUAUGUGUGCAUGUUCAUAAGUGCAUACUUAUAUGUGCCUACUUACAUGAAUACAUGCAUGCUUGUUUGCAUGUGUGGUCAUCACUAGAUCUUUGCCCCAGAAUGAGAACCAAGUCUCCAUGUUAGUCAACAAGUCAAUUGUGUACGUAUGUCAGAUCUAAUGUAAAGAUUCAUUGCUUUAAAUCAUCACAAUGUAAUUAGCUGCUGUUCUGGGUUAUUUUUUAGGUAUUAUCCAUUUUGUCUUCCACCAAGGACUGACUGUAGUAGCCAUAGGGGCAAAAACAGAUGCUUGGCUUGGUCCAGGCAGCAGCAUGAGUGAGUGAGUGAGAGAGCAUGAAUGUCAAUGGGGAGUUCAGUGUGCCACAUUUUAUCACCCCAUCAGUGAGUCAAUAUUUUGCACUUGUAAAUUUUAAAUUUCCAUAUGUGAUAUUUUUAUUAAUCCAUUAUCAAGAUUGCUUCUGUGUGAGUUCUCCCUCACCUGUCUCCCUCCCCCACCUUCCCAAAAACCACAACACUGAUCACCACUCCCACCAACACCACAACAACAACAAUAACAUCACCAUCACCGCCGCCACCACAGGAGUCGGGCUUCACGCUGACUCUUAGACGUCAUGGAAACACCUGUUCUCCUACAAUAGAACAGCCAGACGAUCUUCAAGCCACCUCAUCCUCCUGAGGGAACCAAGCCGCCACAACAAGCUCUCAUCACACUAGGUGGAGGAGGCUACCCUCACUUUGGCCCCCUUGGGAAGUGGCUGGAGGACCUCACCGCCAGGAGUGAAGUGUGCGUCAUCCUCACCUAUUCAGACACCAAACUCAGUAGCAGCAGCAGCAGCAGCAGGAGAAGGAGGAGGAGGAAGCCAGACUGUAGCAUUUACUUGGACACUGUUGAAGCUGUUUUCACUGUACCCUGUAAACCCCACCUCCCAUCAUCCCUGCCUCACAUCCCCCAUCAGAGCCUCCCAGGCCCCCUCCUCAUCCCACUGCCCCCACAGCAUUUAUUCAAGAGCGGGACUGACUAUAGCAAACCAUUUACUGCGCUCGAAAUAAUAUUAAUAAUGUUAUUAAUAAUAAUAAUAAUAAUAAUAAUAAUAAUAAUAAUAGGCUUCUGUCUGUCCGAGGUAACACUUCUCCUGUCCUGACCGCAUCAUCAUCGCCAUCAUCACUUUGAGCUGCUCUGUUGCGCUAAAAACCAUAAAAAAAUAAUAAAUAAUAAAUAAUAAUAAUAAUAAAAACUUUUCAGAUGUUUCAAGUUUCAUGUGAUAUUUCUGUGUACGAAAUGUGUGUGCGCGUGCGUGUGUGCGCCAACUGUUACUGCCAUGUGUGUGCGUGUGUGCGCGCGUAAGAAAACAAAGAAGGAGCAGCAGGAGGGAGCAAUGUGCGUGUAUUGUCUUGGUGUUCAAUGGACCUCUUCUAAGCUUCUUUUUUGACGUUGGGUUGCCUGCAUGGAGAAGAGAAACGUAAUCAAUUCCCCUGCCCGCCCCGCCCGCCCCCAAGAGGUUUGGUUCUCACAUGUGCGUUGCCGUGACCCUCGGGAUGCACUGCAGGAGCCUCAGUCCCGUGGCGGCUCGGAGGCCACGGCUGGACGGAGAAGUUUUUGUGUCCUUUUUUCAGAUGUCGUCUCGGUGUCGGGUGUGUAGGGAGGAGGUGUGUGUGUGCCAAUUCCAGGGCCAAGCUGAUGCCUUUAGCCCCCUUUUAUUUUAUUUUUUUAUUUAUUUUUUUUAUUUAUUUUUUUUUUUUUUUUCGUAACAUUGCAGGCUCUUUGUUAACCUGUUGGCAUCAUCCUACUUGGUGCAGAUUGUCAAGUGAAGAAACUUUGUGAUGAUAGUUUAGCCCCAUGUUUUUUGAUGACUUUUUAGCAACAAAUUUUGAAGUUGUCUGCCACAUGAUUUUUUUUUUUUUUUUUUUUUUUUUUUUUUUUUUUUUUUUUCUUUUUUUUAAAUUCUGUUAUUAUUAUUAUUUUUUUUUAUUUUUUUUAUUAUUGUUAUUCAUAUUACUAUUAUUUUUAUGCAAGAGGUGAAAAAUUCCAAGCACAACAUUUUGAUAAAGUAUUUAUGGCACAGUUUUUUUGUAUACAUGAAGUAGCGCACAUGAUUGCAGCAUCACAGCAGAUCUACUGCAUGCACUGCAUUUUUUAACUCAUAUAUAGAAACAUUGUUGCAUGAUCCUCAUAAGGCACAAAUGUUUCCACAUAGUAUUGCCAAACCUCAACCCCAGACUUGGUAAAACCUUUCUAUUGGGUGGGAUGCAUACUCAUUAACAAGCCAGAUUGGUGGGAGUGAGUGUGUGUGCUUGAAAUCAUCUUCACAUCACUAACAUAGGAAAUUUAAUCUCUAAUGUAGUCUGAAUGCAUUAAAUAGAACAUCUGGUAAAUAGCAUUCAAACAGUAUUGAGUUAUCUAUAGGCAAAGAAAAUGUUGUCAUCAUGGAUGAAUACUGUGAUGGUUGUCAAGUCAUAUUAAGAAGUUUAGUACAAACUGUUAAGUGUUAUUCUCACCGUAAUAACUAUUUUUUAAUAAGUGUUCUUUUAUUAAUCAUAUUUUUGCUGAUUUUAUCAGUAUUGAUGGCAGAUGUAACCUUUCAAUGGAUCCAAGACAAAAAUAUAACUAUUGUAAUAGGGGUAAAAGUGACAAUCUUCCACAUCAACAAAAAAGGCAUCAGCUUCCCUGCCUGUAGUCUUCACGUCCAAUACUUCGCCUGUGAGAGGUGAGCCCAGAAGAGACAGAGAGAGUAAGGGAGAGAGAGAGAGAGAGAGAGAGAGAGAGAGAGAGAGAGAGAGAGAGAGAGAGAGAGAGAGAGAGAGUGUGUGUGUGUGUGUGUGUAAGAGAGAGAGAGAGAGAAAGGCGCUAAGGUUUUGAAAUUAUGAUUCCUUUAUCAUUACAAGUUUUUUUUAAAGCUGUGUGUGCUGCACUUGUGUAUAUUGAUGAUUUCCUGUAUAGUUCCUUUGUAUUAUAUUAGUACUUGUAAGAAAGAAGAAGAAAGUCCCCAUUUGAUACAAUCAUUACUGGUAUUAAUUAUUAAACUUAAAAAUACAAGUAAUACGAUGUUAAUAUACAAAUUCUAUCACUGUAAUAAGGAGCAACACUGUACAUACGGAGGGACGAUGCCGGCUGGCGGACUCUUCAUUAUCUCUCUGUAUUACACAUUCUGGGGCCGAUACCAGGAAGUUGUUGUUUUUAGAUUCUUGUUGUAAUUUAUAUUUUUACAGUUAUUAUUAGUGCUCUUUUUGCUGUUCUGGACUUGUGUGUGACGACAUGUUCAUGGCUGAGUGAGACAUUGACUUUGUUUUAAUACUCAGAAGUUCCUGAUUUUUUUUAUUGGAGGUGUGUAAUAAAAAAUAGUUGUAAUUAGUUUUUAUGUGUUAUAAAGAAUGCAAAUUUAAAGUUUUAUUCCUACGUUGAGAAUUCCAUUAUCCACUAGUAGAGAUUUGCUUUAGACAAACAGACUCCACAUGGAUACAAUUGAUUUGUGUGUUGUGUCCCUUUGUAUACAUAUACCUAUAUACAUAUACAUAUAUAUUCUGCAAUAUUUUCCCCACGACGAGUUGCUGGAACACUGGUGACUCACUCGGCCUCUCGUCACAUCCCGCCCUGGUCUAGUCUAUCGCCGCCGGCCGCCCUCUGCUCCCCUCCCCGCCUCCCACUGUACAUCAGGCACCAUGUUAUGUGUAUGUCGAGUAUGUGUUUCAUAUAAAUGGAUAAAUAAAUUUUUUCACUGUAAA